CAUAGCGUGCGGGAAGGCAACUAUGAAGUCCAAGACUCCAAGUCCGUAAUUAAGCUAAAAACAAAUCGAAAUGUUACAUAGAGAUCUCCGCUUAUCAAAACAAUUAGGUAGGCUUCUUAAACUAAUACAUACGUCGUUUUCAUCAUUAAAAGACAACAACCUUAGAGGACAGGACCACGUUGCAUAUGUAACAUGCGUUUAGUAAAUUGAUUGAAAAAUAACAGCCGCCCAUGUUGGAACCCAGCCGGCUAGACAAAGAAAGAUCGACUGAGCGGACCAGGACUAGCUAGCUAGAUGAUGACCGGCCCGGCCACCAAGCAUUUGUAGACCUCUUAUCUUAACAACCCACACAACCUGAUCAAGCUAUAAGUAAAUCAUCCAUCCCUCACUAAAAUUGCACCCUCUCUUGUCUUCACAGAUAUGGCAAUCCGCCUGAAAAUGGUUUUGUCGCUUCUCCUUUCAGCAGCAUUUCUGGUUUCAACCUGCCAUGGCUCUCUACUGCUACUGGAGCUGCCAAGCGAGAUCCACCCGCUAAGGCCGCGGUCGGGCUCCUCCGGCGACCAUGUCGCCGGCCUGUCCUGCCUGAGUUGGAGGCUUGGCGUGGAGACCAACAAUUUGAUUGGGUGGAAAACCAUCCCGCAGGAGUGUGAAGGGUAUAUGGGUAAUUACAUGUUGGGAGAACAGUACCGGAGCGACUCGAGAGUGGUGGCCGGUGAGGCUCUUGUCUACGCCGCCGGGCUCGACCUCGCCGGAGACGGCAAGGAUGUGUGGGUGUUUGACGUAGACGAGACUACGCUAUCCAAUUUGCCUUACUAUGCCAAGCAUGGAUUCGGGGCGGAGCCGUUCGAUCCAACUCCAUUCAACGAAUGGGUAUUGGAGGGGAAUGCAUUGGUGCUGCCAGAAUCCCUCACACUCUACCAGAAAAUAGUGUCAUUGGGGAUAAAGGUUGUGUUCCUAACUGGGAGAACUGAAGAUCAAAGAUCUGUUACAGAGACCAACCUCAAAAAUGCAGGCUACUACACUUGGGAAAAGCUCAUUCUCAAAACGUCGUCGUAUUCGGGGAGCACGGCGGUGAAGUACAAGUCGAGUGAAAGAGGGAAGUUGGAGAAGAAAGGGUUUAGGAUCGUAGGGAAUAUGGGAGAUCAGUGGAGUGAUCUGUUGGGCAACAGCACGGGCCUCCGUACCUUCAAACUCCCUGACCCAAUGUACUACAUUAGCUAGCUUAACGAAACCAAAUUGUAUGUUCUGUCAAAAUAUUAAUGGUGCUGGUGGUGGAAAAGAGUUUAAUUGAACCCGUUUGAUAAAAUUGGUGAUGUCCACUCAUGGGUACCAAAUUAAUAAGCUGUCUUCUGUGUUGUCGUUCAAUACGUAUGAUUCUGAUUAAUAAUCAUAAGGGAGAACCAUCUGUGAAAUUAAUUAAUCACAUGUACUGGUGUAUUAUAUAUUAUUACUAUGUCAUGAUGAUGUGAUAUUAAAGGGAUAAUAUUGUU